AUGCGGACGCGGCGCGUGCCCAAGCUGCCCAGUGCUACGGACGCGCCCAGUGCUACGGACGCGCCCAGUGCUACGGACGCGCCCAGUGCUACGGACGCGCCCAGUGCUACGGACGCGCCCAGUGCUACUGACGCGCCCAGUGCUACGGACGCGCCCAGUGCUACGGACGCGCCCAGUGCUACGGACGCGCCCAGUGCUACGGACGCGCCCAGUGCUACUGACGCGCCCAGUGCUACGGACGCGCCCUGUGCUACGGACGCGCCCAGUGCUACGGACGCGCCCAGUGCUACGGACGCGCCCAGUGCUACGGACGCGCCCAGUGCUACGGACGCGCCCAGUGCUACGGACGCGCCCAGUGCUACGGACGCGCCCAGUGCUACUGACGCGCCCAGUGCUACGGACGCGCCCUGUGCUACGGACGCGCCCAGUGCUACGGACGCGCCCAGUGCUACGAACCGUUGUGCUACGAACACACUCGCUGAGUAGCGAUGCGAAAGAUACGUUUUGGUAUUUUUCGAAAGAUUCGUACAUUUUUUAGUCCCGGAGUGACGUGUUCCGAUAGCCUUCGCGGUUUCACUGGAUGAUGUAGACCGGAAAUUAGGACACGAUCGACCUCAUCCAGGGUGCUCUUAGUGAAAUAUCGCAGCGCUGGUGCUGCGCAACUCUGCCGUCAGCGAAGGCCGAGGCGAGUAGUUAAAAUAUCGAUAAAGAAAUUUACAAAUUACUUAGGACUAGUGCAUAAAAAUCUAGGUGUACUACGUAAGGUACGUGUAUAAGAACCAAAGGUACUCCGAAGUGCACGAAUCUAUCGAAAGGUACUUUUUCAUCGUUCAGUGUGUCACGCGACGUGACGAAUUGACUUCUAGUGCGGAAGCUACGAAUUUACGAUUACACUCGUGCGAUAGCGCCCACGAAUUCGGCGCCCGCGCGGGACCGGACCGCCGCAGCGCGGGACCAUCGAUGUAUCGACCGGCGCCGGCGACCGGCCGCCGUACGCGGCGGACUCGGUCAUCUUCGAGGGUCUAUUCCACUUUGAUCACCUGGCUUUGAUGACCCAGGUGAUCAAAGUCCACUUCCAGCGACAAUUUAGUAUCCUUUGAUCACCCACGGAUAUGAUGCCCUGGGUGAUCAAAGUGGACUCCAAUUAAAUUAUUAUUUUAGUGUCCUUUGAUCACCUACAUACAAAUCACACCUCCUCUGAAUAGACACGUCAUGUCCAAUUGUA